CUCUCUUUCUCCCCGCUCGCGCUUGAUACUUAGUCCGCUCCAAACCCACCACCAGCUUUCUCUCUCCUCCUCAUGUUCGGUCGUCUCAGUCAACUCACCCGCCAACUAUCACGACCAGCGCUCAAUUCCUCAGCCUUCCAAUCAAUCCCUCCUGCAACCUCGGUCUCACCUCUGACUCGUGGACCGUCCUUCAAAAUGACAUCAUCCGUACUCCCCAAGAACAAGCGGACCAUUCACACAGCAGCAUGUCUGAUCAUUGGUGACGAGGUGCUCGGAGGAAAGACCAUCGACACUAACUCCGCAUUCUUCGCCAAAUACUGCUUCUCGCUGGGCAUCCAACUGAAACGGGUGGAAGUGAUCGCGGACGACGAGAGCGAGAUCAUCGAGGCGGUGCGGCGCAUGAGUGACCGAUACGAUUUCGUGGUAACGAGCGGCGGCAUCGGACCAACUCACGACGACAUAACCUACGCGUCCAUCGCAAAAGCCUUCUCACUGCCACUCAAACUGCACGAAGCGGCAUUCGAGCGGAUGAAGCGACUCUCGAAGCCGCACCCAAUGCAACCGAAGUUCGACUGGGAGACGCCGUCGCCAAGCCUGACAGCGAAGCUGCGGAUGGUGGAGCUGCCGCACGACGCGACGGUGGCGGAGGAGGAGCAGGCGGUGUUUGUGGCGGACGACAUGUGGGUGCCGAUCGCGAUUGUGAACGGCAACGUGCACAUCCUGCCGGGGGUGCCGCGGCUGUUCGAGCGGUUGCUGGAGCACCUCAAGCCGUCGCUGCUGCCGCGCCUGCUAAACCCCGAGGGCAAGGGCAUCUACCGCUACCUGUUCAGCACGCCGCUGGCCGAGAGCGACGUCGCGCCGUACCUGACCGAGCUGGCCGCGCGCGUCGCCGACCGUGGCGUCAAGGUCGGUAGCUACCCGCGCUGGGGCAACAAGCGCAACACCGUCACCCUCGUCGGUACGGAUAAGGCGCUGAUGGACGAGCUCAUCCCUGAGGUUGAGGCCAACGUCGACGGGAAGAAGGUCGUCCGCGAGGAUGAGCUCGAUCCGCCGUCUGAUGCUGAGGAGGAGGCGGCGGCGGCGGUGGCGGCGGCGCCGCAGGCCGUGAAGGCGAAAGCAAAGUAGAUUGCUGUCGCUGUUUCUCUUCUCUGCGCGUCUCGGUUUCCCUCCACCCCUUUUUCAGAUCUUCUUCACGGGCACACGAACUUUUACUUUACCCUUGUGCAUAGCUACAAGUGCUGGUCACAUAGACAAGACAAUUAAAUACUGCCG